AUGGUCCCGAAGCCAACAUCGGCGAAAAGCCAAGUCACAGAAGCCGACCUUGCCGCCAACGAAGCGCUCCUGCUGCACGCGGAGGCUGCGAGACUCGCGAAAUCAUGGCUGAGCGGUGCCUUCAGUGGCAGCGACACCAACGACAAUAACGACACAGCCGCCGACGAAGCAGACUUGAAGAAAGAGCAGGAAUUGUUCGGCAAGAAUGCCGUCCAGUACUCAGAAACAGGCGGUGUAGGCUUCCAAGAUCCAUCGGCCGGUAACGGGACGAAGGGUGCUGCUGCUUCUCGUGGGGCCGAUCAGACGACGGCGUUUCUGCGCAAACAUCUCCUCCGCGGCCAGAACAAUUCUCAUACUACUAGUACCGCGAAGCCCCGACCGCGAUCCGGCGCGCAAGGCUACCCCUCCAGGCGUGCCGCUGACAGCGAAGAUGAAGAAGAAGGGCGGUCGGGAGUUGGCAAGUCCAAAUAUAAGGGAAGAGUCCACACCCACACCGCAUCCUAUGCGGGCGGCAGCGAGUCCGGUUUCCCAAGGUCGUCCGACAACCUCGCCCAAAGUGCUCUGACCGACGCUACUGGCGUGAGGGACACGGUGGAUGGAGCGACACAACUUCCUCCUACGCCAACUGGCGCUGCGCCUCCCGGCCAGGCCCGGACGACCAAAAAGCGUGGGUCAAGCUACCUAGACGAAGUGCUGGCGUCGAGGGCUGCAAAGAAGAACAAAAAGAUGCCAAAGAAUCCUUGA